AUGUCUCAAGACGGCAACAUCGGCGAGGGUGAGACUUCUGCAGAGCCGCUCUCUGAAAACACGCUCGAGUAUAUGCUCUUCGUGAUAGACAGCCAGCAAUCAGAGCCUCGCAAAGCACGUACUCGCCUCGAAGCGAUUCGCAAAGCCGCAGUCGAGCUCGCCCAGUCACUUACAAAGGACUACAUCUGGCAGCGUGAAGGGUUCGAGAUCUCACUCAAGAGUGAGCAUGGACUACUUUUCCUACAUGGCACGACCGACUACGGAGAUGCCAUAGAGGACGAAUGGCUCAUCGUCUACUUACUAUGUGAGCUAUCCAAGGCUCACCCCGAUCUCUGGGUGCGAGUCUCAGACUCUGACGGCGAGUUCCUCCUGGUGGAAGCGGCCAACGUCCUCCCCAGUUGGCUGAGUCCGGAAAUCGAUCGCUAUCGAGUAUGGAUUCACCUUGGAAAGAUCUUUCUUAUACCCUUCAACCCUAAGAGCCGAGACGAGCCUGAACAUUUGUCGCUCCAACAAGCCGUCACCCUUUUGCGGUCAAACACAGACGCCCUCAUCCACCUCCCCGCCAUCGAUGCCGAAGCCUUUCAUAGAUUGCGAAAGUAUCCCGAGCAAAUUGCCAACUCCAUACAUCAUUCCCUCGUCACGAUACCCAGAACAGUUGCAUACGUCCUACAUGCUCUCCCAAAGAUUAUUGCCCCGGCCGUGGAGCACUUUUACCUCAGAGACGCAAGAUCGUUAAAGCCCAUCCUCUCUUCAUCGGCGCCUCUGCGAUUUCCUCCGGAAGAUCUUGUCACGGUCAGUGUGAGGUUCAGCAAAACGCUCUAUGCGCAACUCAAGUCCCAGCGAUUCGAUGCGCCGCCACGGUGGCAGGCUCUGCUUCGCAAAAACCAAGAGCUGGAUCUCCUUUCGAAAGAAGACCAGAAAAAGCUUGAAAGACUAGAGAUGGGAAUGAAGCUCACGUGCGGAUUUGAGAUGCUGGCCGCCAAUGCGGAGAAUAGCAAGAGCAGAGUCGUUCGGGAGAUGGCCAUCCUACUGGAAGAUCUCGAAGAGGACGGAAGCUCAGCUCUGCCAUCCGACGAGGAAAUAAAACAGUGGGAAAACGUCGAUCGGGACGAUGAUGAUUCGUGGCUCGAUAUCAAUUACGAAGAUUUCGAGCGCGAGCUGGAAGGGAAGCAAGCCGCCUCUUCUUCAAAGACGACAUCUGGCUUCGGCGAGGCCCAGACACAAGAGAAUCUCAGAAAGAUUGUCUCUCGCUUCGAGGCUUUUCUCAAUGACGAGAGCGCUGGGCUGGACGGUGCUGAGCUCGACCGGAUGGAUGUUGACAACGAUGACGAUGACGAUGACGAUGACGACGACGAUGAUGAUGAGGAUCAAGACGACGAGGUGAGCUUCGACGAAGAAGCGUUCUCCAAGAUGAUGAAGGAAAUGAUGGGCAUUGCGGUGACAGGCACUGCAACAGGAGGAAAGGCUCAAAAAGUCGAUGUUGCCGAAGAUGGCUUUGACAGCGACGCGGAAGAAGAUCGAGACAUUCAAGAGAUUGCCUCUCGCAUGGAAGCCGAGCUCAAAGAGUACGGAACGCUUCAGCUCGACCCACCGACCAAGGCACGCGCGAUCAAGUCCAAGGAGAGCUUGGACAAGGGGAAGCAGCCAGCGCAAAAGGAGAGCGUUCAGCAGGCACACUCAACAGACGACGAGGAUGAAGAGAUUGACAUUGACUUCAACCUGGCCAAGAAUCUGCUGGAGAGCUUCAAGAGCCAGGGGGGCAUGGCUGGGCCUGCGGGGAAUCUCAUGGGAUUGAUGGGGUUUCAGCUACCGCGUGACGAGGAUGACGAAGACGAAGCCUCCCAUGAUCGAUGA